CUCGGCGCUGCCCCUGCCUGCCCGCCCGCUUCGCCCCGCCCCACCCCGCGCCGCUCCGCGCCGGCUCCGCAGCUCGCGCCCGCCGGCCGGUCCGGCGCCGGGCCAUGGCGCUGUUGCGGGACGUGUCGCUGCAGGAUCCGCGGGACCGCUUCGAGCUGCUGCAGCGUGUCGGGGCCGGGACCUAUGGCGACGUUUACAAGGCCCGAGACACCGUCACGUCCGAACUGGCCGCGGUGAAGAUUGUCAAGCUAGACCCAGGGGACGACAUCAGCUCUCUUCAGCAGGAAAUCACCAUCCUUCGUGAAUGCCGCCACCCCAAUGUCGUGGCCUAUAUCGGCAGCUACCUCAGGAAUGACCGAUUGUGGAUCUGUAUGGAGUUCUGUGGAGGAGGAUCACUGCAGGAGAUUUACCACGCCACUGGGCCCCUGGAAGAACGGCAGAUUGCCUACGUUUGCCGGGAGGCACUGAAGGGGCUCCACCACCUGCAUUCUCAGGGGAAAAUUCACCGAGACAUUAAGGGUGCCAACCUUCUGCUCACUCUGCAGGGUGAUGUCAAGCUGGCGGACUUUGGGGUGUCAGGCGAGCUGACAGCGUCUGUAGCCAAAAGACGGUCUUUCAUUGGCACUCCGUACUGGAUGGCGCCAGAGGUUGCUGCUGUGGAACGCAAAGGUGGCUACAAUGAGCUGUGUGACGUCUGGGCCCUGGGCAUUACAGCCAUUGAGUUGGGCGAGCUGCAACCACCGCUGUUCCACCUGCACCCCAUGAGGGCUUUGAUGCUCAUGUCGAAAAGCAGCUUCCAGCCACCCAAGCUGAGAGACAAGACGCGUUGGACCCAGACUUUCCACCACUUCCUCAAGCUGGCCCUAACCAAGAACCCCAAGAAGAGGCCUACAGCUGAGAAGCUUCUGCAGCACCCGUUCACGACCCAGCAUCUCCCUCCGGCCCUCCUUACCCAGCUCCUCGACAAGGCCAGUGACCCCCACCUGGGAACCCUCUCCCCUGAAGACAGUGAACUAGAGACCCAUGAUAUGUUUCCAGACACCAUCCAUUCCCGCAGCCAUCAUGGUCCAGCUGAGAGGACCCCCUCCGAGAUCCAGUUUCACCAAGUGAAAUUCGGUGCUCCUCGCCGGAAGGAGACAGACCCUCUCAAUGAACCGUGGGAGGAGUGGACGCUCCUGGGAAAAGAGGAACUGAGUGGGAGCCUGCUGCAGUCAGUCCAGGAGGCCCUGGAGGAAAGGAGCCUGACUAUCCGGCCAGCCUUAGAACUCCAGGAGCUGGACUCCCCGGAUGAUGCUAUUGGAACCAUCAAACGGGCCCCAUUUUUGGGGCUGCCCCACACUGAGUCAACAUCUGAUGACAAUGCCCAGUCUUGCUCCCCAGGUACCCUGUCAGCACCUUCAGCUGGCUCUGGCAGUCCCCCAUUGCUGCCCACCGCCUGGGCUACCCUGAAGCAACAGGAAGAUCUUGAGCGAUCAUCCUGCCAUGGUCUUCCUCCUACCCCCAAGGUGCACAUGGGUGCCUGCUUCUCCAAGGUCUUCAAUGGCUGCCCCCUGCAGAUCCAUGCUGCUGUCACUUGGGUUCACCCUGUGACUCGAGACCAGUUCCUGGUGGUAGGGGCGGAGGAAGGCAUCUACACCCUCAACCUGCAUGAGUUGCAUGAGGAUACACUGGAGAAGCUCAUUUCCCAGCGCUGCUCCUGGCUCUACUGUGUGAACAAUGUGUUGCUGUCACUCUCAGGGAAAUCCACACAUAUCUGGGCGCAUGACCUCCCGGGCCUGUUUGAGCAGCGGAGACUGCAGCACCAGGCACCCCUGUCCAUCCCUACCAACCGCAUCACUCAGCGCAUCAUCCCCAGGCGCUUUGCCCUGUCCACCAAGAUUCCUGACACCAAAGGCUGCUUGCAGUGUCGUGUGGUUCGAAACCCCUACACCGGUAGUACCUUCCUGCUAGCCGCCCUGCCUGCCAGCCUGCUUCUGCUGCAGUGGUAUGAGCCACUGCAGAAAUUCCUGCUGCUGAAGAACUUUUCCAGUCCCUUACCCAGCCCGGCAGGGAUGCUGGAGCCGCUGGUGCUAGAUGGGAAGGAGCUGCCACAGGUGUGUGUGGGCGCCGAGGGACCUGAGGGACCCGGCUGCCGAGUCCUGUUCCAUGUCUUGCCCCUGGAGGCUGGCCUGACUCCAGACAUCCUCAUCCCUCCUGAGGGGAUCCCAGGUUCUGCACAGCAGGUGAUCCAGGUGGACAGGGACACAGUCCUGGUCAGCUUUGAACGCUGUGUGAGAAUCGUUAACUUGCAGGGGGAACCCACAGCUGCACUUGCCCCUGAGCUAACCUUUGACUUCGCUAUUGAGACUGUGGUGUGUCUGCAGGAUAGUGUGCUGGCAUUUUGGAGCCAUGGCAUGCAGGGCCGAAGCCUUGAUACCAACGAGGUGACCCAGGAGAUAACAGAUGAGACCAGGAUCUUCCGAGUACUGGGGGCUCACAGGGACAUCAUCCUGGAAAGCAUUCCCACUGACAACCCCGGGGCACACAGCAACCUCUACAUCCUCACGGGUCACCAGAGCAGCUACUGAGCUAUGUCCCUGACGGCACCCAGGCCUCAGCUGCCACCUCCAGCCUCUGCUGGGGUCCCAGAGGGCACAUCUAAUUCUGAGAUGCAUUUGGGGCCAGAGAGGGGAGGUAGCCCACCCACCUCAGCAAUAACUGGACCAGAGGGAGCUAUGAGCACCUACCCUCCCUGGAGAGUUGUCCCCAGUACAGGAGGCCCUGGGCAGGAUGCGCUGCCUGACUGAUCAUUCCUUUCUCACUUUUCCUUUCCAUUUUUUCUGCCAAGAGCCUGUCCUAGGUUCUAUCCUGGGCAACAUGUAUUUAAGAGAGAAUUAUAUUGGUAUUAAAGCUGGUUGGUUUUAUCCUA